GAGGGAGUGAGGGAGGGCCAGCUUUGGGAGAAGAGAAAAGUGAGGCCUCUGAACCGUCCGUAAUGAUCUUUGCGAAAAAAAGAGAGGAGGAGAGAGAGGAGAAAAAAAAAAUCAGUCAGAUUCCCCCACCCCACCCCACCUCACCACCCUUUGCACGGUGCCAUUGACAAGUUUUGCUUGCGCAAGCUUUUGAGGAAGCCCAUGGGGAAUAGCCCCUAAACGCUUCCCAAAUGUUGGCCCGACCUUGUCUGUAGCGAAGUCAUCAACUCUGUGAUUCCACGUCUUGAAAACAAUGAGCGUCUUUGGCCCAAAAGUACAGGUCACCCUGUAUUGUUCCUGAAUGCCACCACAUUGCAAAUACGGCUGGGUUGGCAGUUGUGCAGGUGGAGAGGGAUCGGGGACUGAGGGGGACAGCUUCUCUCAGCUGAUGCUGAUCCAUCCCUGGUCUUGUUCCCCCACCCUCCCCAAUGUGGGCACACUGCUCUCUCCUGCAACGAUGUUGGCCACGCCGGCUGGGUAUCUCUGGCAUCGCGGCUUGCAGCAGGAUCGAGGAGGCUGCCGCACAGAUAGAGUGAUAAUCUCUGUUUUCACUGAGUGGCCUGCUCUGGCCUAAUUGAUUGUUAUGGAAAAUUGCCAUCUUCGGCAAUGGCAAGGCUAUGAAUCCUAAUUAUGAAAAUACUUGUAAUCAGGCUUGCCAACCCAAAUGAAUUACAAUCUCACAACUAAUUACAAGUUGCUGGUGUUCAAUCUGUCAGAGCGUCUCCUUCGCUCCCGUAAUUAUUUAUGCCUUAUGGAACAGGGUGACCAGAGCACCUUGAAGCUUUGCUUGACAGAGAAGUAUUCAAAGCACAUGAUCAGCAUUCAAAUGGCAUGCAAAGGGAUUCUUUUUUUUUUUUUUUUCUAGGACUCAAAACCAGUGGGGAGAACAGAACACGUCCAUUGCCCCCAAGAGGGCAAAAAACCCUGUGUAUUUUCACUCUGUCUUUCCAUGUGCUGAGGAGAACAAGCCUCAGUUAAUAUAUCAGGGAAUUAACAAAACCGUUCAAACCAAUUCGGGAAGACUCGAGACUAAUGAUGUUUGCACCCCCAGUGGCCAACGGAAAGAACAGACCAAUCACACUCGCCAGCAGUCAAUUUAGUGUCUCAGGUUUGGAUGAGCGCAGCAGUUCUGGUUCCUGGGGCCCAGGAGAACAGAGCCCCGCCUUCAGUCAGGGACGGGGCUACGGCGAUGGCUCCCACUACAGCGAGCAUGAUGGGCUCUCCUCCCCCUUCCUCAGCUCAGGGAUUGCCGGAAAGAAUGAAAGGGUGCCAUACAGCUCCUUUGGGGGACAGCCGGGAUUCCUUCCCAGUGACAUAGCGAUGCCCAGUCCGGACGCCAUGUCCCCCUCUGGCCUGAAGUCCAGCUCCCAGUUUUAUCAGUCGUAUCCCAACAACCUCCGGAGGCGGCCCUCAGACGGAAACCUGGACACCCAGCCCAAGAAGAUGCGGAAACCCCCGGGCCUGCCUUCCUCAGUGUAUGCCUCUACAUCAGGGGAGGAGUACAGUCGAGAGACAGCAGGAUACCCCGGCUCCUUCUACAUGCAAGAGGGCCUUCACCCUUCCCCUGACCUGUGGGCUUCCUCCGGAGCCCUGGGCCAACCCGGCUACUCGGCCAUGCUGGGGAACUCGUCACACAUCAGCCAGUCGGGCUCCUUCUCAGCCCUCAACCCCCAGGACAGAAUGAAGCGGCAGCCACUGCCCCUGUCCCCGCAGAACUACCCUCUCCAUGGCACUGACGUAAACGGCAGCCUGCCCUCCGGCUUCCACUCCAGCACCGGAGGCUUCAGCCACUCGGCCUCCAACAACGGCGGCGACAACGUCAUCGCCAAUCGAAGCACCACAACAAACAGCUCAGGGGAUGAAAUCGGAAAGGCUCUUGCCUCGAUUUACCCAUCAGACCACAACAGCAACAACUUCCCUUCAACACCUUCCACUCCUGUUGGCUCUCCUCAAGGCAUUGCAGGUGCAUCACAGUGGCCAAGACCCAGUGGUCCGACCGCCCUAUCGCCAAACUAUGACGGAGGACUGCACGCCCUGCAGAACAAAAUGGAGGACCGCCUGGACGAGGCCAUCCACGUGCUGCGCAGCCACGCUGUGGGCCAGGGCCCCGGCCAAGGUCACACGGGGGGUCACUCGGACAUGCACAGCCUCUCCAGUGCCAUCAGCUCGCUACACAACGGAGCUCUGGCGGGGCUCCCGCAGGCCUUCGCCGCGGCCGGCCUGAGUCUCGGCAACCGGCUCGCUGCCAUGGGUGGAGGGCACCAUGAAGAGCCCACAGGCCUGCCUCCCAGCAACUCCUUACUGCACGGCCACCACGCCCCUGGGACCACACAGCCUGGAGGACAACCAGAGGGCUUCACCAAUCUGCCAGGGAGCUUAGCCCGCUCCACCCACUCCACCCACUCCACCCACUCCUCAAACAGCUCGGACAUCAAGAGAGAGGACAAGGAGGACGACGAGAACUCCUCCAUAGCAGACAAGUCUGAGGACGAGAAGAAGGAGAGCAAAGCAGCCCGCCACCGAGCGAGAAAGGAUGCGUUAACCCUCCAGCUGUUCUCAGCUGUUUCAGACCUAGCAGACGAUCUAGAGAAAGACGAAGAAGAGGAGGACGAUGAGGACCUUCCUCCUGAGUUAAAGCUGGAGCGCGAGAAGGAGCGCCGAGUGGCCAACAACGCCCGCGAGCGUCUGCGCGUGCGCGACAUCAACGAGGCCUUCAAGGAGCUGGGCCGCAUGUGCCAGCUGCACCUCAACAAUGAAAAACCUCAGACCAAACUGCUCAUACUCCACCAGGCUGUCAACGUCAUACUCAACCUGGAGCAGCAAGUGCGAGCAGAGCGCAACCUGAACCCGAAAGCGGCGUGCCUGAAGCGCCGAGAGGAGGAGAAAGUGUCCGGCGUGGUGGGGGACUCUCCCAUGCAGCUCUCCGGGGCGCACCCUGGCCUGGGCGGGGACGGACACAACCCCGUCAGCCACAUGUAGAGCCCAGAUCUGAUGGAAUUUCCGUGGCUCUCAGAAGACGUGGCCUUUCUCUAUUCUUCCAUCGGUCCCAUCAUUGUGUGUGUGUGCGUGUGUGUAUAUACGUGUGUAUGUGUAUGUGUGUACGCGUGUGUGUACAAAUACUGGGGUGAAUGUGCAUUGCCCAUGAAAAUUUACAAGGUGCACGUUCACACACGCCCAUUUUGUCUGCACACACGCCUACUGCCAAAACUGACACAGCCUAUUUGCCACACUCCUGACCAUCUGUACCAGCGCAAAUGUGAAGAACAUUUCUCUUGUAUACUCAUUUAUUUUCUUUGUUUUGUAUGCUUAUGUUCUUUGGCUUCCACAUUAGGAUGGAGCACUGGAGUAGUUGUCCUUUUUCCGCAAAGGACAAUAUUUUCACUGCCGAGAGGUACUCUGAACGAGAGACACCUAACAAAAAAAAGUCAAAAUUUAAUCAAGGAUUUGUGCCUACUUGUUAUGUUUUAUAUAUAUAUAUAUAUAUAUACAUACAUAUAUAUAUAUGAGACAUUGAAGCAAAUUGCUUUCAUGCGUGGAACAAAUUUUGUUUAGCAAUUGCUCGUGUGAUGAGCAAGUUUUAUGUAGUGCGUCAUUCCCAACCUAAAGGUACAGUCUUACUUGUGUUGUGUAACCAAAGGCAUA